AUGGGUGAUGAUUCAAUCGCACGUCGAGGAUGGAUCAAACUGGAAAUUCCAUGUUCCAUCCGGUCGAGAAUGGGAUCAAUUAUCUCCUGUCAAGAGGAUAAAAUGUUUCCGGCUUUGCAAGAAUAUGGAAUUUGGGUUCUUUCCAAGAGUCCUGUUCGAUUAGUUGAAGAACAAGAUUGUGAUCCAUAUUAUGAGAUCAAUUUUGAAGUAAAUUCAAAGGAAUUCAAUGAAAAUCUACUCAAAGCGAUUCGGAAGUAUUUUGAUGAUUUAGCCAAGGUAUUUAUGAUAUUUUUAAAUAAUUUUGAAAAAAAAAAACAUUUUUUUUAGGAUGGACUGGUUCCUUUUCAACGUGGAAAUUUGGUUUUGCACACUUCAGACUUCUGGUCAUCCAGUUUGACGUGGGUUUUUGGCGAUUUUCAAGUAUACUAAUAAUUUUCUUUAUAUUUUGAAGGUGUCACGAACCCGACAUUCCACUUGCUGCACUUUAUUGGGGAAACAUACAAGGUGGAACUUUCAUAAAUCAUUGGGAAGUGUCAUUUUGGGAUGAUAUUAUGAGACGGAUGAAUCAGUCGAAAAAUGAGGACAUCAGAGCAGCAGAUCGAAAUGGAAUCAAUCAAAUUUUUGUGGACUUUGAGUUCGAUAAAACUGAUCUAAUAACUGUUAACCUCAAACAGUUUGAAUCGAUUGGUGAGAAAAAUGAAUUUAAAAGUAAUUUAAAAUUAUGUUUUUUUUCAGAAGUUUCUGAUCAAACUCGACGACAACGACAAGAAGUCCUAUGUUUUUAUCAAAUUACAGUCAAAAGAACUCAAAUCCGCCGAAUUAUUCUUGAUCCAGUUGUUUGUGAUGUUUAUGGAACACAACGUUAUCGAAUCCAUUUUGAAUUGAAUGCACCAGUUUUGAUUAGACGAGGAUUCUUCACCAAAGAAAAACAAGCUGUUCGUUGACUAGUUUUUUUUAAAUUUGAAUUUCAAUGAUUAAUUUUAGAAUCAAAAACAUCAACUUCCGAUUUUCCGUCGUCGAUUAACUAUCAAUCGUGGAAGAGCAUCAAAACAAUAUCCAACAUCUGCAGCCAUUUCAGACAGUCCAGUUUUCACUAUCGAAUUCGACCAAUGUGUCCCAGAAAAAACAAUUUACACAAUUCUGUCACGACUGAGAUUCAGAACUGGAGUUUCGAUUGAAUUCGCGUCUAUGCCAAGUAUUGAUUGUUUGAUUUGGAAAGAGAAUCCUUACCAUCGAUGGACAUUCAAACAAGAUGGAUCACAAUUGUCUCCAACAGAUUAUGAAGCACCAGUUUAUCGUGAUUUUAUUGAAGCGGUAGAGAAAAUUAAUUUUUUUGGAAAGUAUUCGAAAAAUUUUAUUGUUUCAGGCUUUCCCAAAACGAAAUGAAGUUUGUGGAUCUCGUGAAAUAGAUACCAAUCGUGAACGAAAGUUCUCAAUUACAUAUCUAAUUGAAUGUCUUUUAUCUCGUGGUGCUGUCGUAAAAGAUCAGGUUCUUCUUGACGAAAAAGUUUGGCAUCGAUUUUUAGAAGUCGUCCUUCAUUAUUAUUCAAGAGAUGACAGAUUGUGUGAAGCUGGUCUUGAAGAUUUGGUGCAUAUGAUUGACGGAAGAAAACGGAUCGGAUCAAUUAUAAAAUGUUUCGAUACAAUAUGUCAAACUCGCGAGAAGAAUCGAAUAAUCAAUGGAUUGACACAAGAAGAAAUGCGGGAAGGCUAUCAACGGGUUCGGAAACUGAUCUUCACACCAACACGAGUUAUUUACGUUGCGCCAGAAACAUUGAUGGGUAAUCGAGUUUUGCGGCGAUAUGAUCACGAUGGUACUCGUGUUUUGCGUAUCACAUUUCGAGAUGAUGAUAAUAUGAAAAUGAGAACAUCAAAAACAUCGUCGGCAAUUCUAGAGAAAACUGUUGAAAAAUAUCUUCGCGAUGGAAUCAAAGUGGCUGGACGAUGUUUUGGUUAUUUGGGAAGUUCAAACUCACAAAUGCGAGACAACGGAGCAUAUUUUAUGGAAAAAUAUUCGUCGUCACAUUAUAGAGAUUAUGUUCGAGACCAUGGUUGUGAUCCGCCUGUUGAUUUUAUCCCAAAAAUUCAAGAUGCUCGAAAGAAUCUCGGAAAAUUUGAAAAAAUUGACAACAUUCCAAAAAUGAUGGCUCGACUUGGACAAUGUUUCACUCAAUCAAGGGUUUGUUGAUUCAUUUUUCUAAAAAAAAUAAAUUUAAUUCAAUUUCAGUUAUCUGGAGUAAAUUUGGAACGUCACACAUAUUUGACAAUGUUCGAUUUGAUUGGUGGAAAAAAUUCGAAAGGGUUUGUUUUAUUUUUCGAAAAAAAAUCAACUAUUUAAAUAUCAAAUUCAGAAAUGAAUACACAUUUUCGGAUGGAGUUGGAUUGAUGAGUCGAAUUUUUGCUGAAAAAGUAUCACAAGUAUUGGAUUUUGGAAAAGGUGUUCCCAGUUGCUUCCAAUUUCGUUUUCGUGGAAUGAAAGGAGUUAUAGCAAUUGAACCACUUCUCGAUGAAAUACGACGAUGGGCAGCAUUGAAUAAACUUCCGAAUAUCAGCCGAGAUUUAUCUUGGGGUGUCAAUUGUGUGUUUCGUCCAAGUCAAAUCAAGUUUAUCUCAAAACGACAUCCACGGGAUCAAGUUGAAAUUGUGAAAUAUUCAUCACCGGUUCCAGUUGCACUCAACAAACCAUUCAUCAAUAUUUUGGAUCAAGUAUCAGAGAUGCAAUCAUUGGAAUGUCAUCGACGAGUUACAAAUCGAAUUGAAGAAUUGCUUGAUAGACAAAUGCUACUUUUUGCACAACAAAUGGUUGAUGAAACACAAUGUCGUAAUCGAUUGAAAGAACUUCCACGAAGAAUUGAUAUCGAUUUUUUGAAAACAACUUGGGGAUUUACACUUUCGAGUGAACCAUUCUUCCGAUCUCUUAUCAAAGCUUCCAUCAAAUUCUCGAUUAGUAAGUUGAAAAUAGUUACUUACAAGGGAAUUUUUGAUGAAACAUAUCGAAACACCAUGCUGAUCACGUCAAAAAUUGCCACAAAUUUCUUCUGAGCACUUUUCUGGAGCUCCAAAGGUGGAAUUGAGUUCUGGUUUUCGUCGAUUUUCACCAUUUUCCCAGGUGAAAAAUCUACUUUUUUAAAACUUGGAUAAGGAUGUUCACCACAUUCAAAACCUGUCAGCAUUUUAGUUUAUGCGUGUAAAAAAUUACAGUUUUCAGCUGCUUUUUGAUAUUUUUUAUAAACUAAAAUGCUAAUAAUGUGGUGAACAACCUUAUCCAAGUUUAAAAAAAAAGUAGAUUUUUCACCCGGGAAAAUGGACAAAAACUCAAUUCCAACUUUGGAGCUCCAGAAAAAUGCUCACAAGGAUUUGUGGCAAUUUUCGACGUGAUCAGCAUGGUGUUUCGAUAUGUUCCAUCAAAAUUUCAGAACCUAACCCUAUGCACUUCCCUUGUUACAUAAUUUUUGUAUCCAGUAAUCUCAUAUUUUUCCAGCUCGCCAACUUCGCAAAGAACAAAUACCGAUUCCACACGAACUUGGUCGUUCAAUGCUUGGUGUUGUUGAUGAAACCGGUCGUCUUCAGUAUGGUCAAAUAUUCGUUCAAUACACCAAAAACUUGGCACUCAAACUACCACCACCAUCUGCCGCCAAAGAAGUUUUGACUGGAAAAGUUUUAUUGACAAAAAAUCCGUGCAUUGUUGCUGGUGAUGUUCGAGUUUUUGAAGCUGUUGAUAUUCCCGAAUUACAUCAUAUGGUAGAUGUUGUCGUUUUCCCACAAAAUGGUCCACGUCCGCAUCCUGAUGAGAUGGCUGGUUCUGAUUUGGAUGGUGAUGAAUAUUCGAUUAUUUGGGAUCAAGAUAUGUUAUUGGAUCAUAAUGAGACACCAUUUGAUUUCACAGCCGAGAAACAAAAAGUUGCAUUUGAUGAAUCGAAAAUUGAUGAACUUAUGCGAGAAUUUUAUGUGAGAUAUCUCGAAUUGGAUUCUGUUGGAACCAUUUCCAACAACCAUCUGCAUUGUUCCGAUCAAUAUGGUCUAAAUGCAAAAGUUUGUAUGGAUUUGGCGAAAAAGAAUUGUCAAGCUGUCGAUUUCACGAAAUCCGGUCAAGCUCCCGAACCAUUGCGAGUUGCCUGGACUGAAGACUCGGAAACUGGAGAAUGGCUUCCGCCAGAAAGAGCCGAACGAGUUCCAGAUUAUCACAUGGGAAAUGAUCAUAGUCCAGUGUAUGUGAGUCCAAGAUUGUGUGGAAAAUUGUUCAGAGAAUUCAAAGCAAUCGAUGAUGUGCUGAAAAUUUCGGAAGAACGAGAUGAACAAUUGGAAAUUCCAAUCGAUGAGACAAUUAUUGUUGCGGGAUAUGAUGAAUUUAUGCCAAGAGCUCGCGAAGAACUUGCUCGUUAUAAUGCUCAACUUCGAUCGAUUAUGGAAAAUUAUGGAAUUCGAACAGAAGGAGAAAUCUUUUCUGGAUGUAUUGCUGAUAUGAGAAAUCGAAUUUCGGAUAAAGAUCAAGAUGAUAUGUCAUUUUACAAUACAAAUCAAAUGAUCGAAACAAAAAUCACAAAUUUGUUUAAGAAAUAUCGUGAAGAAUUUUUCGAAGAAUUCGAUGGAAGCUGGCAAAAACAUACUGAACCAACUCAAAGAUGUAAUGACGAGGCAAACAUUAUUCAAAGACAAUGCAAGAAUCCAACAACUGAAAUAAUGAAAAAAGCUGUUGCUUGGUAUCGAGCAUGUUAUGGUUAGUUUUUUUUUACUCGUAUUUUUUAUUUAUUUUUUCGGUUAUUUCAGAAGAAGCUCGACAUACUCGUGAAAACAAGAAAUUAUCAUUUGCUUGGAUUGUUUAUGAUAUUAUCGGAAUUAUCAAACAAAACGUUACAUUGGAUGAUGAUGAUGCAGUUAUGGGAGGAGAAAAUCCAUUAUUCCCAGUGCUCAAAAAUCACCGCGAUCAAUACAUCAAAGACAAUCGAGACGCGUUUUCGCAAUUCAAACAUUUCGAUUUUCUCAAUGAAUUACGAGGAAAAGCAAAAUUGGCUGGUGAUAUCAUCAAUUUGUAUUUCACAACUUAUCCCGGACUCGAUGAAAUUGUAUUUUUGUUGUGUGAAUGGGCUGAUGCUGCCAAAUUAUUCGAUCAAGGACCACUCCAAAAACAUCAUUUCAUUCUACUUUUCAUAUUAUUUGCUACAAAACAAUUUGCAUCGGUUGAUGGAAAUGCUAAUGCAUAUAUUGAGCAAAUCAAUGAGAAUUCGAUUGAUAUCAAUGAUGUUAUUCCAGAUGAUGAGAAAUCUCGAAUGGUAUUUGUUUAAUUUUACAGAUUUAUAUAUAUACAAUUCCAAUAAUUUUCAGAUGAUCAAAUUCUUGGAAUUCUUGGCAUCUCGAAGAUUCCGAAAACUGUCGUUCCUCUCCUACAAAGCCAUCAAGUUUGAUUCAAUAUUUAUGCGAGGAGAAUGGCAGAUUUUCCAUGUUGUAAGUGUAUUUUUCUAUUCAUUCACAAAAUCUAUCCAAUUUUGCAGGCUGCUCUGAAAACAUACUACAACAUUUUGUUCAAUCUACGUUUUGAAGAGCUCCCAGUUUCGACUGAUCCUGAGAUUACUGUUCGAACAAUUAUUCGAGAAAACGAACCAUUUGUGAUCGAAUUACCAUCGAGUUGUUCACUCAAUGAGGUUCUCAUAAAAUUGAAACAAUUCACCGGAGUUGAAGAAAUCAGUAUGAGACCAAUGGAAAAAUCGAGAGGAGAGAUGAAGAAAGAAAAUAGUGAGUUAUAUAUUGAAUAAUUCGAAUAUUUCAAAAAAAAAAUGUGUUUUCAGUUCGACUCCUUGUUUCAACGCGUGGAACACUCGAAUCUAUGUACAAAUUGAGACAAUUGGUUGCUGUAAAAGUGAGUUUGGAAGAUAUGAAAAUUCGGAAAUUUUUGAUAAAAAAUUAAAAAUUUUAGUGUAAAUGUGGAAAAAAAGAUCUCAAAAAUUAUGAUAAGGGCUGAUUCACGAACGAAAAAAAAGUUUUAAAAUGUUUUUUUCUAACAUUGAAAGAUCAUUUCACGAAAAGUCAAAAAAUGUCGAAGAAACAUUGUAGGUCAAAAUUAGUUUUUCAGUCAAAAAUGAUGACAAAUCGAUAUUUUUCAAGCUUCUGGAGUAAUUUCUGAUGAAAAUCAGCUUCGAGAACCCUAUUUUGAUUUAUUUUAUGAUUUUUUCGAAUUUCAUCAAAAUUUAAAAUUUUUUUAUUUUACGAAAAAUCAGCAAAAACUUCUGGAAAGUGAAUUCCAAGGUCAAUUUUAGUCAGAAAUUACUCCAGAAGCUUAACAAAUAUCGAUUUGUCUUCAUUUUUGGCUGAAAAACUCGAAAAACUAAUUUUGACCUACAAUGUUUUUUCGACAUUUUUUGACUUUUCGUGAAUUGAUCUUUCGAUGUUAAAAAAACAUUUUUUUUCGUUCGUGUAUCAGCAAAAAUUGGAAAUGAUUUUCAAAUUAAAAAAAAACGUUUUUGUUUCUACAAGCAAAGAAAAUUGCGAAUUAGCUUCAGAAGGAAAAUUUGGAAAUGAUUUUCAAAUUAUGACGACCAAGUUCACGUUUCAAUGUUCAAAAAUUCUGUUUUUUUCAGGUUCCAAUCAAAACCUACGUGACAGUUCGCGAAAUUUCGACUCAAUUGGCUCGUUUGUGUUACGAAAAAAUCAUAAGUGGUACAUUUAACACUUGA